CUUUUCGCGAAGUGAAACUUGCGCGGAACAACACCGCGCCGUGAAACAUGUCGUCCGCCGUAGCGGAGUUGGAGAACUAUCUCCAGUCCAUGCUGGCCUUGAAGCCACCAGGAGUAUCGGGAUCCAAGAUCCACAGCAUCACCACGCUCUGCACUGCCAACGUUCAGAAUGAAUCCGUUCUCAUCCAAAAGAUUUUCACUCAUUUCAAGAAGGCACCGGGCACCCACAAGCUGGGCGUACUCUAUGUCGUAGACUCUGUAACCCGACAGUGGGUAGAAGCUGCUCGCAAGGCCGGGCAGCCUCCAGGCAGCGCCGCCCCUGAUGGCACAUUCGCCGCCGGUGUCAACCGAGUCACAGAGCUCUUGCCCGUGCUGAUGACCGACAUCAUAAACAAUGCACCCCAGGAUCAAAAGGAAAAGAUCAAGAAACUUAUUGACAUCUGGGAACGCGGCCAGACGUUCCCGACAUCCAUGCUCUCUUCAUUCCGAGAGAAGUUGACUUCUCCCUCAAAUGUGGAGUCCACUACUCCCGAGGGAUCUCCUGCCCCGGGCAUGAACCAGCUGGGAGGCCAGCCCGCCCCCGCAAAUGGAUCAGCGGCUGCACCGGAUACUUCGAGUAUCCUGAAGGCGUUGGCGGACAUGGCCAAGCAGAACACCGGUGCCCCCGCCGCCCCGUCAGCCCCGGCACCAACCAACCCUCUUGCUGCUUUGAUCCCUCAGGCCUCCGCUGAUUCCUCGCUGGCUUCGUCUGCUGCCAAUCCAUAUGCCGCAGCUGGCAACGUGGCCAAUCCCUUCGCCGCUCUGGGCGGUCUUGGCCAGAACCCUAUGGGCCAACCUCAAAGCCAGAGCAACACGCCCAAUCCCUUGACCUCUGCACAGAACCCGCUGGCCGCCAUGAUCCCCCAGACUGGUGCCGCGCCCGGCAUGCCCGAUGGCAACGCAUUGGGUCAGCAGCUUCAACUCCUCCAGAUGCUCGCCUCACAGGGCAUUCCUCAAGACCAAUGGGGCGCAGCUUUGCAAAUUUUCAGCAUGACCAACAACAUGGGCGGUGCCAACCCUGGCCAGAUGCCCGGCUUCCCUGGUAUGCCCGCUAUGCCCGCUAUGCCUGGUAUGCCCGGGCCUGGUGCUGCCGGCUGGGGUGUUCCUGACGCGCAAAACCGUGAUGAACGCGAUCGCGACAGAGAGCGUGACUACAAUCGCUCGCCCGGUGGAUACCGACGCCGUUCUCGUUCUCCAGGUUGGGAUCGUGGACGUCGCACCGCAUCCCCUCCCCGCCGUCGUGACAGCCCCGUCUAUGGAGACUACCACGGCGAUUCACCCGGACGCCGCGGUGAUGCACGUGGCCGUCGUGGCAAUGAUGGAUAUCGCCAGCGAAGCCCUCCUGGACGCAGACGUCGCUCUCCCUCCCCUCCUAACAAGGACCCCAACCUGCCUCCCCCCGGCCCCAAGCUCAUUGAGUGGGACUAUUCGAUCGGCCAAGGCAACAUGAAGGUACUCAGCCGAACUCUCUUCGUCGGCGGAGUCACCUCGACCGAGGCACAGCUGCGUGCGCUCUUCGGCAAGUUCGGUAUCGUCCAGACCUGCAUCGUCAACAUUGACAAGCGCCACGCCUUCAUCAAAAUGAUCAGUCGCCAGGACGCAGUCAGCGCCCGCGACGGAAUGGAGUCUUUCCGCUCCGGUGAAAUGCAACUCCGCACCCGCUGGGGUGUCGGCUUCGGUCCUCGCGACUGCAGCGACUACCAGACCGGCGUCAGUGUGAUCCCUAUCGAGCGCCUGACCGAGGCCGAUCGCAAGUGGAUGCUCACUGCCGAGUACGGUGGUACUGGCGGACGCCCCAUCGAGUCCGGAAUGGUCGUUGAAGAGCCAGACAUCGAGAUUGGCGCUGGCGUGUCCUCCAAAGCCAUCAGCCGACGCAUCGCAACCGACACCGGCGGCAAGCGUGGCCCCCAGUCAUCCCGCGGUGGGCCUACCAAUGAGCAGCGGUUCGGCGGCGGUGGUCGCCGCCAGGAGCGCGAUGGAUUCGGUGGGCCCCCCAACGCCAACUCGGCUCCUCAGGGCGACCGGGACAUGUCCAACAUGAACAACCCCGCCGUCCCUCCCGCCGUCCCCGCAUACGGAUUCAACUUCGCCAGCAUGCCCAUGCUCCCACCAGGCUUCAUGAUGGGUGGAGCUCAGGCCGGCCAAAUGCCCGGCUCGCAGCCCCCGCCUCCCGGCCAGGGCAACUAA